UCUCUUAAAUGGCUUUGCUGCCUACAGUUCCCACAGGAAGUGUGGCUGGGGAGAGAGAGUGAGCGAGAGAGACAGCGACGGGGUUAAAGACCUGUGUUGAAAAAGUAGGAAGUGGCUGUGGGAGCCAGUCUGCUUUUGGAGGCUGAAGUUAUUGGGGCCAGAACAGCACACAGAGUCCUCGUGCUACACACACGUGACAGGCCCUUUGACUCUCCCAGCUGCGUCACCUUGGAAACUGCAAGUAAUGUUGCUGCUGCUUUCCCAUCCUCCUGUGCCAGACGAGUAGUUAGGAAAGAAAUUGACCUCCUCAGAUCCAACCUUUGGACAUGCUGCUCGCCGACUACACAGCUCACCAACCUGCUGACAUACUGCAGUCUUCGGGAUGAGGUUUCCCAAAAAAGCGAGCAGGACAGGAAGUAUUCUCAGCAAGGACCAUCCCCCAGACAAAAAGCCCAAAAGUGACAAGGCGUCAGUCCCCCCCUCGCAUGAGUUUGACCCCACAGGGCUUGUGCAGCGUUGUGUUAUCAUCCAGAAAGAUGAGAAUGGCUUUGGGCUGACAGUGAGCGGCGAUAACCCUGUGUUUGUACAGCUUGUAAAAGAGGAUGGAGCUGCCAUGCGAGCUGGUGUUCAGACAGGUGACCGGAUCAUAAAGGUCAAUGGGACAUUAGUUACACAUUCAAAUCAUGUAGAAGUUGUAAAGCUAAUAAAAUCGGGCUCCUAUGUGGCCCUGACAGUACUGGGGAGACCGCCAGGCCUGCCUCAGAUCCCCCUCUCAGACGGCGAGGGGGAGGAGGGGCCUCUCUUCUCACUCACCUCCCCUCACUCCCCGGGGCCCAUCGGUCCAGACCGCUCGUCUUCCUCCCCCAGCCCCUCGGAGCGCAAACCGACCCCUCUGUCUGUAUGGGCCAUGACGGAGGAGCACAGCAGGAACCCUACACCUAAACUACUGAAGGAAAUCCAGGACGCCAAGAAGCACAUUCCACAGCACCAGGAGCAGCUCAGCAAGCCCUCUGGGACUGGACAGGAUGGCUCCUUAUCUCCAAGGCCAGGAGAAGGAGAGCAGGAGGAUAGAGGGGGAGAUUUGGAUCGGCCCCCUUCAUGGCAGGGCGAUGCUGGAAUUGAGCCAGCGUGGACCAACAAUACCACAGCCCCUGUCACUCCCAGUCCUGUCCCAGAGAGUCCAUGCCAAAGAGAGACCCCCUGCCACAGCCCAAAGACCACACCCCGAGACAGCCUCAACUCUUGUCCUUCACCGGAUGCCGAAGACACACCUGACCUUGAUUCGCAGUCGAGUGUGGGGAGCCCCUCCACUCGUCCGGUAGCACACAUCAUUGGUGCUGAGGACGAAGACUUUGACACAGAGCAGGAACAGAUGAAUGGCCAGUGUAGCUGUUUUCAGAGCGUAGACCUCCUGAAAUCUCGGCCUGCUCACCUGGCAGCUUUCAUCCAUCAUGUGGUCUCUCAGUUUGACCCUGCGCCGCUGCUGUGCUACCUCUAUGCUGAACUUUACAAACAGACCAGCUCCAAAGAGACACGACGAAUCCUCAUGGAUACCUUCUUCAUAGAAAAACCAGCUAGCUUGAAAGUAACAGUGCCCGAAUCCAUCAUCGCUGACCUGGAACGGACUGCACACUCAAUUAAUGCAGAACGGAAGAGGCCGGAGCCCAUCUCAGAGGACGUCCACCGGCAAUAUGUGCAGCAGCUGCAGGACACACUACUACCUGACAUCCAGAAGAACCUAGAAGACUUCAGGCACAAGCGCAGUAUGGGUCUGACCCUGGCUGAAGCAGAGCUAGCCCGUCUGGAUACAGAGAGAAUGAGAGACCGUGUGGCUUUGGAAAAAGAGCGAUCCUGUGCAGAGCACAUUAUCUCUAAGAUAGAGGAUGUACUAUUGACGUCACAGGCCACAGAGGAAGAUAAGUGUAGCACCAUGCAGUUUGUGAUACUGUCGUAUAUGAAGCAGCUCGGCGUAAAAGUGAAGGAGUCUCGAGGGCUGGAGCACAAGCCCAAGCUAAUGAAUCUUUUCCCUAAAAUAAAGAAAAGCAUAAAGCCUGAGAAAGAUGGAAGUGAGGAGAAAUCAAAGAAAACACGAUUUCCUAAUGUCUUUCCUCAGAGACGGCCGAGCAGGAUUGACACUUCAGCAAUCAGCAGGGCUCUGGAGCCGAGGCAGCGUCAGACAAAGCCUCAGCUGCCGUUGGGCGCUGGAGAGCAGGCAGACGGGUCGUCUCCUCCCGUACGGAGCAGUCAGUCGAGUGAAGGCUCAGAUGGCACCACUGCCCUGGUCACGUCACCCCCUUACAGUGCUCCAGCAGCACAGGGCACAGACAGCAUCAACCGAGAGUCUGAGGCUGGUGGACUUCCCUCUUCUGCACUACCUAGACUGGGAGACGGUGUCGUCCCGGGAGAUCUGCAGGACUCGUCCUCUUCAAACACUCACUUUGACUUCAGCCCCUGUACACUGGAGCAUCUACUGGAGGAGGAAGCUGAGACAGACAAGACGCAGGACACCGGCACCCCCAGGCCUGACAGGAGCAGGAUGGAGCCGCUGGGCUCUGGAGAGGUGCAGAGUGAAGAUGAUCAGUGUGCUGAGGUAGAGCUAGAGCCUCCUAACUGGCAGACGCUGGUGAGCAGAGACGUCCUGUCCACACUUACCCCUCAGGAAAUCAAGAGACAGGAAGUCAUCAACGAGUUGUUCUACACAGAGAGAGCACACGUUCGAAUGAUGAAGGUUCUGGAGAAUUUAUUUUACCAGCCGCUGAUCCGAGAGGCCAUCCUCCCUCCUGCAGACAUCAAAAACAUCUUCAGCAACCUUGAGGAGAUCGUUCAGCUUCACAUGUCUUUAACAGAACAAAUGACUGCGGUUCGGAAGAAAAAUGAGACGGCGCUCAUUGACUCAAUAGGAGAUGAUUUGCUUUCCUGGUUCAGUGGAGAAGAAGAGGCGAAGAUCAAGAGAGCUGCGGGCACGUACUGCAGUAAUCAGCCUUUCGCCCUGGAACUCAUCAAGAGCAAACAGAAGAAAGACCAGCGCUUCAACUCCUUCAUACAGGAGGCAGAGAGUAACCGACAUUGUCGCAGGCUACAGUUAAAGGACAUUAUUCCUGUGGAGACACAAAGACUCACAAAGUAUCCCCUCCUGCUGGAGAACAUCGCCAAAUACACAGGUACAAACCUGGACUUGACUAAGAGGAAGAUGGUGCAUGAGGGACCACUGUCCUGGAAGGUCAACAAAGAUAAAACUAUUGAGCUGUACACAUUGCUGCUGGAGGAUAUAUUGGUGCUACUUCAAAGGCAAGAUGAGAAGCUGAUCUUAAAAUGCCACAGUAAGAAUCUGGCGGGCACUGCUGAGACCAAACACAUCUUCAGCCCCAUCAUCAAACUCAGCACUGUGAUGGUGCGCUCGGUCGCCACCGACAACAGGUCAUUCUUUGUGCUCUCUAUGUCUGAUAAUGGAGCCCAGAUCUAUGAACUAAUGGCUCAAACCGUAUCUGAGCAAAAGACGUGGCAGUGCCUGAUCACACAAAGAGCCGAUUGUAUGAAGACCAAACUACACAACAUCAUUCCAUUACCUCAGACUGACGGGGAACGUGAAGCGGUCGAGUUAAUAAACUCUGGUGUUCAGAAACUAAACAAAGACUCUGAGCCCAUUUCUUUAGUGAGCAUUCAGUCUCCAGAAAAAGAUGGAACCGAGGUCAUGCCAACCCCACCAUGUAGCACCAACCCAUUUGAGACCAAAUCUGAUGAGGAGGAUGAAGAAGAAGAAGAGGAAAACUCACUACAGGAUCAGGCUGAAGAUGAUGAGGCGUUCGUGGUGGCCGAUAUGACCGAUCGACUUACAUUCCUGAAGCAGCGCUCGAGGCUGGGCAUCGCCAUAGACAAGGACGAGGCCGAGGCCUUCGAGCUCCAGCCACUCAGAGCUGAUGAAGCUCUCAGAACACUGGCAACACUAAGGCAGCUCCUGAUCAACCACAUGUCCAGUCAGGAGGACACAGACAGAGACAUCAAGAGGCGAGAGCAACAGGAAGAUGUGGCGAGGACAGGCUCUCAGCAGGGGGCUGAGGACAGCACUGCGAUCAGGUCCGCUGUUGAGAAUGGCUCAGAGAGGGCUGAGAACGCACAGGAACUGCCCUCCGGAGACACAGGCUUCUUUGAGACGUCUGAGGAUUGUGUCUCUGCAGGCAGUUACAUGGUGCUGGAGGUGUAUGGAGGCUUGGGCGAGAGCAGCACAGAUGAUGAUGUGCAGGGCAGCAGCGGGGAGCCGGUGGCCGCGGGAGACUCAGGUAUUGACUUGAAGAAGCUCCUCUCUUCCUCCUCUCAGAGCAGCGGAGGACCAAACCUCAACAGACAGAUCAUGACACACAUACGUCUACUACAGGCCAACCUGCAGCAUCUGAAGGAUACAGAAAUCAAGUAUAACCAGCUACGCCAAAGGCUAUCAGAGGAAACUGCUACUGACACAGAGGAAAACAAAGAUAAAAGUUAGUGAAGCAGAGCUGUCUUUCUGUUUAUUGAGACGGGAGGAGACACAGAGACACCCCUCCUUAAACAUCGCUCAUGUUUGGACGGAGACAGACAGAAUGGACAAGAUCUGGAGUUUCUGUUCACACCACACUACAGGAUGACCCCAGUCACUCGCUCCAAAUCUCUGUCCUUCUGCACACCAUGGUACUUUCAGAAAGAUUGCCAUGUAAGGACGUUUCAUCACUCCACCAUCUGCAUUCAGAGGACAGAAGACUCAACAUUCCUUCAGCAAACCUCCUAAGCUAUUAGAGUCUAUAUUAGCCAAUGAAAGUACAGCUUGAGUGGUCACAUGAUCUUUAACCUCACUAGCAUGAUAAUGAUGAGCAGUUAGUUCAGACAGAUAUUCGCAUAAACCGAAUGCCUGACUUCUGUUUUGAUAUGGCGUGAGGUAUAUGUGAUUUUACGAUGUAGAAACCAUGUUUGACAUCAGCGUGAAAAACUUCUGAUUGAAGUCCUGUACUGCUAGAGCGCGUUAUUAGAUGUGCGGAGAAUAUUAUCACAUGAGCCGUCUCAAAGAGGAACGGCCAACAUUUGCUGACUGAAGAUGAAGGCAAAUGAUACUAGUAAGGUAAAGAGUCUGAGGAUGGGCUGAUGAUUGUGGUGGUGUCUCUCCUCAUUCCUCCUCUCUUAAUAAACCACAUGCUAUUUAAUGAAGCUACUGAAAGCGUUUUCUCUGGCUUGUGGCCACGGGAAAACCGGACCUUUCGUAAUGUCGUCGGGUCGAGCUGUUACGACACGCGUCAGGCAGCUCGGCCCGAUCUGUCUUUCGGAUUUUCUUGGUUUUGAGAAUGAAGUUAAAUAGAAAGAAGCUUCAAUGCAGGAACUUGAUGAAGACCCUUAACGGUCCAUUUUAAAUGUAAUGUAUUGUACAAUUAUGACCAACACUGCAUCUCUUACAGAGACCUUUUUUUUCCAUCUUUUGCGUUCUAAAGCGUUAAGUCAUGUAUUAUUUUAACAGAAACUACUAAAAAAAA